AUGAAUCUUUCAGAAAAGAAAAAUGGUGGUUCAGCUGGGUACAAGCAACCAUGCCAUGUGGACCUGAGUAGCUUUGAUCCGUUAUCCGUCCACUGCCGUGAGAGGGAGAUCUUGAUCGUGCUCGGGGAGGUCGGCGGCUCCUCCGUUGGUCUCCCCUCCGGUGUUCUCUCCUCUUUUUUCGCCUCUCUUUCUCUGCUCAGUGUCAUUCCUGUUGUUGCUCUGUCUCUUCGUAGGCCUCAGGUGUCCAUGGUCUCCGUCAAAUCUAACAGCGGCUGUGGCGAGGAGCUCUGUUUUAAGGGUUUGCGUGGGGACUUAUGUUCAAGGACUGAUGUGGUUGUAGCAGCGUACUUUUCCGGCGAGACUGCGAUGGUUCUUCGUUGUGGCGGGACUGAUGUGGUUGUGGUUUCGUACUUUUCCAGCAAAGCUGCGGCGGUUUUCGUUGUGGCGGGACUGGUAGGUCUCUUCUUCUAA